AGAAUAUGUUUGUUCAUAUCAUGAGUCAUGUGAUGUCGUCACAGCACGCGCGCAUCUGCCAGGUCCGUACUGUAUCUUAGAGAUCUUGAUCUUAUCUUGGAGGAAGAGUCAGAUAUAUAGAUAUACCAGUAAAUUGUUUACUCUUCCCAUCACCUCACUAUGGAUAUUCGUGUCUUCUUUUCUCUUUUUGUCUUGGUGUUGGUUGGUUUUGUGUUGAUGGCUGAGGCCCGUCCGUCACUACAAAGUCGUCUGUCUGUCCAGCCUAAUGGCUGUUCGUGUAACAAACAAACUGAAGAAUGCGGAUGCUGUGCUCAUAUCAAGUUCGAUGUUCUGCAUGUUAAAGUGGAUGACGAUGCAUGUGUCAACAUCACGUACCUACCAAAACAGUACGGACUGUCGCUGACAUUUGCCUGGAAUGGGAAAAUAAUCUUCAACGAAACGGUGUCUG